GUUUAAUUGAGGAAGAAGAAAACUUUGCUAAAAGUUGCUUUUCAACUCUCUCUUCUUCUUCUCCGAUUCGAGCUUCCUUCCUCUCGAAAAAUCUUCAAGACCAGUGGUGAAUCGGAAAAUGACGCAGUCGUCCGUAGAUUUACCGCCGAAAGGUGGGUUUAGCUUCGAUCUGUGCAAAAGGAAUGAUAUGCUGACACAAAAGGGUCUUAAAGCUCCAUCGUUUCUCAAGACUGGAACAACUAUUGUUGGGUUGAUAUUCAAGGAUGGUGUGAUACUUGGGGCUGAUACACGGGCAACUGAAGGGCCUAUUGUGGCUGAUAAGAACUGUGAGAAGAUUCACUAUAUGGCACCAAACAUUUAUUGUUGUGGUGCCGGAACCGCUGCUGACACUGAAGCAGUAACUGAUAUGGUCAGCUCACAGCUGCGGUUGCAUAGAUACCAGACUGGCCGAGAUUCUCGAGUCAUUACUGCAUUGACCCUUCUCAAAAAACAUCUUUUCAACUAUCAAGGUCAUGUCUCAGCUGCUCUUGUACUUGGUGGAGUUGAUAUUACCGGGCCUCAUCUGCAUACCAUAUACCCACACGGUUCCACUGAUACUCUACCAUUUGCUACAAUGGGUUCUGGUUCCCUUGCUGCCAUGUCAGUGUUUGAAGCAAAGUAUAAAGAAGGUCUAACUAGAGACGAAGGAAUCAAGUUGGUUGCUGAAGCCAUAUGCUCUGGUAUAUUUAACGACCUUGGUAGUGGUAGCAAUGUGGAUAUCUGUGUGAUCACUAAGGGGCACAAGGAAUACUUGAGGAAUUACAUGGAACCAAACCCAAGAACCUAUGUUAGCAGCAAAGGCUAUUCAUUCACCAAGAAAACUGAGGUUCUACUGACCAAAAUUACACCAUUAUCAGAGCGAGUCGAAAUUGUUGAAGUGGCUGGUGAAGCUAUGGAGGAAUGAAUCUCAUGUGAGAGACGACACUAAGAGUGAAAUCAUUGUUCUACUUCACAUGACAGUCAUUUUCUACUUUGUUUAAUUUUAACGAUUGAAAUCGAAUCUUAGUUGCUUUCAUUUCAGUCUUUAGAUUUGGCUUGAACUUGUGAUUAAUGGUUUUGAAAUUUAGCUCUCGCAUAAUUUUCAAAA